UGUUAUAGAUGGUUUGGAUUAGAAAGGAACUACAACAUCUUAGUGAUGGACUUACUGGGUCCAUCAUUGGAAGACUUAUUCAAUUUUUGUUCGCGGCGAUUUACACUUAAAACAGUGCUUAUGCUUGCCGAUCAAAUGAUCAGCCGUAUUGAGUAUGUACACUGUAAAAGUUUUAUUCACCGUGAUAUUAAACCGGACAACUUUCUUAUGGGAAUUGGACGUCAUUGCAAUAAAUUGUUUCUUAUUGAUUUUGGAUUGGCUAAAAAAUAUAGAGAUAUGCGUACAAGAACGCAUAUUUCGUACCGUGAGGAUAAAAAUCUUACAGGAACAGCCCGUUAUGCCUCUAUCAAUGCUCAUUUAGGAAUUGAACAGAGCCGUCGGGAUGAUAUUGAAUCCUUGGGAUAUGUACUUAUGUAUUUUAAUAAAGGAUGUUUGCCAUGGCAAGGAUUAAAGGCAGCAACAAAAAGGCAGAAAUAUGAAAAAAUUAGUGAGAAAAAAAUGUCAACUCCUGUCGAAUUCCUAUGCAAGGUAUUAUAAUAAUAAUAAGUACUCAGAUUCUAAAUGGAUCAAUGAAUGUA